AUGAAUAGUAUACAAGACCCAGAGACACCAAAAGAACGUCAAAAUCAUCUUGCUAGAGAAUCUUAUGCAAGGCAAAGAUUAUUGCUCACCACAGAACAACUUGAUUAUCAAUAUGCUCAACAACAUAAUAUUUAUAGAAGUCAUACAGAAGCAGAAUCAAAUGAACAAGCUGAAUAUCAACGUAAAUCUAGAUGUACAGCAUAUAUUAAUUCUAAUAAUGCUGCCCAUAUACAUAUAUAUAACACUAAUUCUGUUUUACAGCACUCUGGUGAUGCACUUGCACCAGUUUUUAGUAUCUGUUGUGCAAAUGGCAAAGUAAAUCUGUCAGCAAUCAAUCAACCACCUGAGCUUUUACUUUCAUUACUUGCUGGAGAAGAUAGCAGAUCACAUAAACAAUUAACUUAUAGACAAAGCAUAAUGCCUGAGCUUGAUCUUACAAUUCUUGAACAACUUCAAGAAAUGUUACAUGCUGUUAAUCUAAAUGUUCAUAUUUUCAACAAAUUGCAUAUAUUUUGA